AUGGUUCCUCAAUUUUCUGGGGCGUUUUCCGCCGCACAGUUUCCCACUUCUUACCAACAAACUGCCGUCGCCGCUGCUCCUACAAAUGCAACUGGUCGAACCGUUUAUCUCGGAAAUCUUCCUCCGGACGCACCAGUUGACGAAAUUCUUAAUCAAGUUAGAGUUGGCCCAAUAGAAUCGGUCCGUAUACUUGCUGAUAAAAGUUGUGCUUUUAUUUCGUUUAUGGAUGGUGCUGCAGCUAUGAAUUUUUAUCAAGAUGCUUCAACUCGCAAAAUUCUUAUCCAAGGGCAAGAAUUGAAGGUCGGGUGGGGUAAAGCUUCUCCGGUACCUGUAAAUGUUCAAGUUGCAGUUUCUACUCAAAAUGCUACGCGUAACGUUUAUCUGGGUAACUUAGAUGAAACAAUCACAGAAAGUACUUUACGAGAAGAUUUGUCUAAAUAUGGCCCUAUUGAUACCGUCAAGAUUGUUAGAGAAAAGAACAUUGGUUUUGUUCAUUUCUUGACUAUUGCUAGUGCCAUGAAAGCUGUACAAAGCUUGCCAACUGAAUCUAAAUAUGCCAAUAAAAAGGUAAAUUAUGGAAAGGAUCGAUGUGCUCAGAGACCUAAUAUAGGAAAUGGGACGACCCAAUAUGCGUUUCCAACCGGACUUAAUUUUCAAAGUUUCAGUAAUAUGGGUUUCGCGAGUUUUGAUCCAUAUCAAAAUGCAGUUGUUGCCGCUACUAGUCAUCUUGAUAAUGGCUCUGAAUUAAGAAGUCCUACUAGUCCCCUUUUCUCUUCUGCUUCAUCUGCGGCUGGUAGUGCAACUUCUGGUUCCGCUAUUGGUAAUCGUACGAUUUAUCUUGGCAAUAUUCAUCCAGAUACAUCUUGCGAAGAAAUAUGUAAUGUCAUUCGAGGUGGAAUUCUUCAACAAAUUCGGUAUAUGCCAGAAAAACAUAUAGCUUUUAUCACUUUUAUUGACCCUAACUCUGCCAAUAGUUUUAUGUAUUUGGCUCAACAAGCAGGAGUUAUGGUUAAGAAUCGCCGCCUUAAGAUUGGCUGGGGGAAAAAUCCAGGACCUUUACCGGGAUAUAUUCAACUGGCUGUUAAUACUCAAAGUGCCUCUCGAAACGUUUAUGUUGGACAAAUUGAUGACAAUAUGAGUGAAGAAAAACUUAAGAGAGACUUUUCUGAAUUUGGUGAAAUUGAACUUGUUAAUAUUCUUAAGGAAAAAAACUGUGGAUUUGUCAAUUUUACUUCAAUCACAUCUGCCAUGAAAGCCAUUGAAAAUAUAAAGUCGAAAGAAGAAUAUAAAAAAUUUCGUAUCAACUAUGGCAAGGAUCGUUGUGGCAAUCCUCCACGAAAUGCUUCUGCUAGCUCAAGUAAUGGUACGGGCGGAAAGACUAAAGGACGCAACAACGGAGAAUCCGAUGCUAGAGUUCUUCAUGCAGGUGAUUCAGAAGCAGGAAAUAUCGAUGGCGUUGACGACGAAGUCGGUGAAGAAGUAGAUGAAUAA